UAUUGCAGUGUUACUGUGACACUCCCAAGACAAGGGAGAGUUUAUUUAUUUUCCCCAUCGACAUGAAAACGGUCAUCCAAAUCUUAUGCUUCUUCCUCUUAAUAACUUUUUACAAAUGUGCAGUCAUUACUGGGGCCUGUGAGAAGGACCUGCAGUGUGGGCCUGGGACAUGCUGCGCGAUCAGCCUGUGGCUUCGAGGACUGAGGAUGUGCACUCCCCUGGGACAGGAAGGGGAUGAAUGCCACCCGUUCAGUCACAAGAUCCCUUUCUUUGGAAAGCGCCAACACCACGCCUGCCCAUGCCUUCCAAACUUUAUAUGCUCCAAGUUCACUGAUGGCCGAUACCGGUGUUCAAUCAACUUCAAGAACAUAGACUUUUAACAAACAGGACAGCACCGCCGAGAUCUUUGCAUCUGGAGAACUGUGCAGCACUUCUCGCAGAAAUAAGUAACCUCCCACCUCACCUUCCUUCCUGCCUCUUUUGGUUGUAUUGCCUUAUACUGACACUAUGUAUUGUACAUCAUGAUUGUCAAGACAAAAUAAGGACAAGGGGGAUUUUCAAAGGCACAAACAAUUCCUCAGUAGAUCCCCAAGCAAUUUUACAAGGACAUCCCAGAGAGCUUGCACAGAGACCAAGUCAUUUGACACAAAUCAGUGGGACCUUGCUAAAGCCAGGGAUAGAGCCUAGUCCCUCCAGUUAACUAGGUUACACUGCUCCCUGCAUGUCUAGGUAUGCACCUAACUCCCAUUGACUUCUGAGGAACAUGGCAUCUACCUGCCACUUGUGGCUUUGGAAAGCUCCCCGACGUCUUUCUGCAUGUAAUAUAAGGGACAUUGUCACCAUAUUUUAGACCCCUAAUCUAUUUUUAGUAGUACAAAGAAGGGAUUCAGGAUGUAAAAAAAAUAGGGUUUGAUGUAUAAUCCUGCCUCAUGUUGCUGUGUCUGCUCACAAAUAGGCUCCGCUGUUCUUAACUCACCCAGCUCCUAGUUAACAGCUGUUUUUAUUCCUGCAGCACCUGAGAUGGGAAGCAGAGCCUGCUGUAAGCUGCCAUCUGCCUCUCAGCUGCCUCCUGCUGUUCAGUGUUUCACCUCCUAAAUGAAGCAGAGCCUUUGGGUGCUGUAGCUGAUUGUGCGUCCUUACACCCCAAUGCCAGCUGCACCACGCUGCCUGGCCUGUUGCAGAAAGUGUAUCCAUCCACCUGACUCGUUGAGCACCGGCAGGCAAAUUUGACCUGUUGUAGGUCAAGCACAGAGUUAUGCUAAUGCACCAAAAUCAGAAAAAUGAAGCUGACAAAACAACCAGCUUAUUAUUCUCGAUGUCUAAAUUGUAACGUAGCUUCUGACAGCGAUUAGACACAUAGUUAUUAAAAAUCCUGUGUGCAGCCAGUCGGAAAAAUUGAUAGACUCGUGUUCCAUUGGGAUACGCAUUUCCAUGACCGUCAAAAUGCUUUGGGAAUCAGCCUGAUUUCAUCAGACUUUCAUUUGGGAAGAAAUCAGGGGAGGGGGAAAUUCUGACAAAAUCAAAUGUCAUUUCCACAUUUUAUGAAACAAAGCAUGGGCAUGUUUUUAUUCUGGCAUGACUUUUGAAGCUAAAUUUUGUGUUCAGGGCAUCAGAGGUGAAAGGGUCCCCAAGCCCCUGCACAGAUGCUACUUCUGAACCCAUAACUACAUACCUAUCCAGCCCUGCUUCAUUUUGCAGUUUCUAUAGCUUUCUAUAGCAAAUUGUUCCACUGCCCUGCUGUUCUGACAGCAAGGAAGUUCUCCCUGACAUUUAAACCGAAUCUGCCUUAUUGCAGGUUAAACCCGCUGCUUCGUGUCCAGCUCUGCAUGGCAGGGGAAAACUGUUGUGCUCUCUCAUCUCUAUGGGAGCCUUUCCGAUACUUGAAAAGGGCUAUUGUAUGUCCCCGCUUUAUCCCCUUUCCUCCAAAUUAAAAACACUUAGCACUCUCAUUCAUUCCCUGUAUAGCUUGCAUCCCACACCCUUUAUCAUCCAUGUUACAGGCCUCUCCAGGCUCUCUCUAUUCUUCUCAACAGAGACCAAACCUGCACACAGUACUUUAGCUGAUGCCUGACCGGUGUCAUCUGCCAAUUUGAUUAGAAAGCUCUUUAUCCUGGUCACCAUAUCCUUAAUAAAAAGGUUAACCAGCACUGGACCCUCGGUGGACCCCUGUGAAACUCCAUGUGAAACCUCCUGCCAAUUGGACAUUGAUCCACUUAAACUUGAUCUCAGCUUGUGGUUAUGCCACCAAUUGUGCGUCCACCCCUUCAAAAAUUCUGUCUCGCCCACACGUCUCCAUUUAAUUAGGACGCUGUCACAUGGGACUGUCUUGAAAGCCUUCACGUCCAAGAAUAGUAUGCCCCUUCAUCCACCAGACUAAUUCUCUUGUCAAAGGAUAUCAAUUUGGUUUGGCAUGAUUUGUUUUUUAAAAAUCCACAUUGGCAGCUAGUGAUCACCCCUUCCUCCUCCAGCUGUUUAUGAAUGGAUCGUUUUAUCAUUUGCUUCAGUAACCUCCAAGGUAUAGAAGGCAGGCUGACAGGUUCAUAAUUCUCUGGGUCUUCUUUUUCUCUGUCAGUCCGUGCCUUAUCAUCGGGGAUCUUGCCUGCCAUCCGUGACUUUGCAAAUAUUAUUGCCAGUCGCUCAGAGAUUUUUUAACCAGCUCCUCUAGUACCUUGGGAUGAAUUUCUCCUGGCCCUGCCAACUUCAAUGCAUUCAAAUUUAUCACAAGCUUUCUGUAAGGCAAAGUUAGAAAGAAAUAUGAACACUUGAAAUGGAUCACUUUGAUCCAUCUAAAGCAGAUCACUGGAUCUCUUUGAUCCAUCACUUUGGGCAUGUCUACAUGUUGCCCUAUGGCAAUGUUGUUACUGCGCUGUGCUUUAGUACUUCCUUUUGGACUCUGAUACACGAGACCCAGCGGUGCUUUAAUUAGAGCAGCUCUUGGAGCCAGUCUAAUUAAAGUGCUGCCCUCUCCUCCUCCAGAGCAGGCGUAAAAGUGCCUGCAGUGGGUGUGUCUACACAUGCAUUAAUGCUCUUUUGUUAAUGCACAUUAAAUCUAGUACCUCCAUUGUGAGGGACCAGGAAAAUGCGCAUUAGCCUGUCUUAAUGCUCAUUAACUAAAGAGAAUGGUUUUUAAGUGACACUUAAUGUGCAUUAGCUUAUUUAAAUGUGCAUUAACUAAAUGGCAUGGUUUUUAAAUGACGUGUUAAUGUGCAUUAAAAUAGGCUAAUGAGCAUUAAAGCACAUGUCUAAGUGUGUCAAGUAUUGUGUCUGAGCCUUAGAUCCCCUAUCAUUACAAUAUCAUGGGCAGAUCUUAUAUUUGUCUGUCAAGCUUGUUCCAAAAAGAAAGCAAGAUAUUAAACAUAAUGGGUUUUAUGUGUGUGAUAAAAAUUACCUUUUGGAAAAAGAUCUCAGCUUGGGAAACUUCCUCCAUGUUCCCUUUUCAAAGAAGCUGUUCAAAAGAUUUAAAAGAUCUUUUCAAAGGUUGGAUCUUAACUUCUGCUUCAAGAAAACAAACUGAAGUGUGUAGUAGUGUCCUGAGUUUAAUUGUAGCAGUUCUUGCAAAAUGUAUGCUUUUCUUUAUUCAGAAAGCACGAGUGCUAAAAUGCAAAUAUUGCUUUUGAAAUUCACAGACACAUUUGUUCACUGGAAAUUAAAAUUCUACUUGUAUGUGACUGAUAAUUAGUAAUAUGUAUGUGAGAAAAUUGGACACAUGACUGUAUUAUUGUAAGUGUACUUAAUUGUAAGGGGAUUUUUUUUUUUUGCAUUUCAUUUUUUAUGGAGUAUAGCUCAACACUAUAUUAUAUUCCAGUAACAACCCAAGGACUCAGCUGAUACCAGGGUUUCACAGAAGAGGACACUGGCCUGGCUGCCUAUAAUGUAGAAUUAGGGUUAGGUGAAGUCCUCUGCUCCUGCCCCCAUCUAUUUUUUUCCCCAGUGAAAACUGCAGAUUUCUUACUCAAAGUUUCUGCAUGAAUUUCACUACCAAACUUCAAGUUGGCCAAUUUUGCGACUUUGGGAUCAAAUAUUGGUAUUUUGGGGGUGAAAUGACACUAAAGCCCAAAGGAAAGCUGGAGAUAUUUUUUUAAACUAUACACUUAAACUAGAUCCAUAAUGAAUUUCUAAAGGCUGGAUUUCCCAAAACAUUUUAAUAAAGCUUUUCAUUCUCAACUGGGACAUUUUUUCCCCUGCACAAUUAGUAAUACCUUAAACUCCUCUCCCCCCAGCAAAAAGCACCCCCAAAAACACAUCCUUGUCCCAUUCUAUUUAUAUUCUAAAAAAAAAAACAAAGACAAGAGGUGGG